AACCAUCAGAACCAUCACGCCUCCCUGCCUCUUCCCAGGCCAGAAAUGGCAGAGCACUUCACUGAGAUCUUGGCGAUGGCCGGCGUGAAGAAGAGCAGUGUGGAAAUAAAGCCAACAUGUUCACCUUUCCCAUGUAUCCACCUCACAGGACCUCGCUGUGAAGUUGAGAGUUUAAAGGACAGCCUUAAGUCAUUUCUUCAGACUCUUGCCACUAAACGUUGUGAGGUGAAAGGGCCUGGAGUUCAGCAUUUUUUUCAAGGUGAAGGUACAAGGACCUUGCAAUUAGUGAAGAAUUCUUAUAUGGUUGUGAUCCUACCUAUUAAUGAUGUGCCUAAAUACACAAGCAGUAUCAGUCUCCAGCCAUUUGUAUCUGCAUCUUCCCAAGACUCUAUGGACAUUGACAAAGAGAUAAACAUUAAAGUUGUGGUUGGUAGUCUUGAACAACAACAGGCAGAUGUGUUUGUUGCUCCAAUGAUCCAAACAAACAUGACCUCAACUUUGAUUGGAUCAUCCCUGUUGAAUAAAGCAGGACAGCAACUUCAAAAUAACUUCAACAGUGCCAAGAGAAAUCACACUCUUAAGCCUGGAGAAGUGCUGGAGGUGGACGGGACACAAGCGCUGGGAUGCUCCAAGGUUUUCUUCAUAGAAUGUGUACCAAAAGAAAAUAAGCACAAAAGCGAAAAGGCGCUUUGCUCUGGACUUGGCCGAGUUUUUGAGCUGUGUGAGCAGAACUCUUGGGGUUCGGUUGCAUUGCCAGUAAUUGGACCCGGCAAAGUGCUGUCAAUACCAGUCAAAGAUGCUGUUAAUAUUCUUACUCAGGAGAUCUGUGAAUUUUUACCUGUAUCCACUGGUCUUCUGCACACCAUUUGUAUCACAAUAAUGGCUAAUUACGCUCAUUCUGAAGAGAUGUUCAGGACAGUCUGUGGGAAUCUGAGUACAAAAAUUGUGGACAACACAGGGGAAGGCAAAUAA